UCUUUUAAAAUGCAUCUCAGCGUACCUAGCCUUUAUUUCUGUCAAAGAUAUUGUGUGUGAGACUAAAAGCAGUGUCAUCUGAAGUAUAUCAAGUUGAUAGGUGCAGGAUAAUGCAGGCAACACUGUAGCUUGGUCUUUUGAGAGAUUUAUGUUACCUUUUUUGUGUACAGGCUUUUUAAAAAUAAUGGGGUAAUGCUUAGACGUAGGUGUAGGUACAAAUCUAUGCAUGAAUGAGGUAAUUAAAAUAUUAAUAUGCAUAUUCUGAUUUCCUAAAGUACUGGGCUAUAGUUUUACCUGUAUCUAGUUACAUGCUUUUAAUAGAGACAAUAUUUGUAUUGUUUACUAUGUUAAAUACAUAAUUUUUAAAAAGCAGGAACUUAAGCAUUUAUCCUACUGGCUUGUGCCACAUGUACAGAAAGAACAAGUAAUUUGUGUACCUAUUGUAAUUUUAUAUUUUUUGACAGUCAGUUGUUUUUUUUUCUUUAAAAGUUUAAUAAAAAAGGUAGAAAAUAGUUAACUUUUAUAAUAUCCAACAGGAUCACACUAGAAGAGCUGAAGUAUUGUUUGGAAGUUAUUUUAGCAUCCAUAUUUCACCUUACGCAGUCAAGCAGUUAUUUGACUUUCAGAUUAAAAUGCAUCAUUUAAGGAUAGGCUUAACUAUAAGCAUGUGCUUAACGAUGCUUUGCUUGAAAGACUAGCUAUUAUGCUCACUGAAGAUGAUGGCAAAAUUCCCACUGUUUUCAGCACUGCAAAAUCUACUCCAAAUGGGGACAUGCCAAUAAUAACAACCUUUCUACACUGAGAAGCCUAUUCCCCUGGUACUCAAAUUGAAUUAUGGAUACCAUUGCCCAAGGACGUUUCAAACAAUGUUGGCGACGAGGUGAGCCACCACUUGAAAAUGGGUUCCUUCCAUACCUGGGCUGUGCCUUGCAGUUCGGUGCUAACCCCCUCGAAUUCCUCAGAGAAAAGCAGAAGAAGCAUGGCCACAUUUUUACUUGCAGAGUAGCUGGACAAUACAUUCAUUUCCUCACUGACCCUUUUUCAUACCAUUCAUUGAUACGCCAAGGAAAACACUUGGACUGGAAAAAGUUCCAUUUUGCUACUUCUGCCAAGGUUUUUGGGCACGGUAGUAUUGAUCCAGUGGAGGGAAACACCACUGAAAAUUUUCAUCAGACUUUCAUUAGAACCCUUCAAGGUAAUGCUCUAGAUCCCCUCAUUGAAGCAAUGAUGGAAAAUCUACAAUAUGUCAUGCUGCAGUCAAGAACAUCUAAACUUCAGCCUAAUAUCUGGGUGACAGAAGGUCUUUACGCAUUCUGUUGCCGGGUAAUGUUCGAGUCUGGCUUUUUAACACUUUUUGGUACAGAAUUUAAUUCAAAUCACGAUAAAAAUCUAUCAAAGCAGGAAACUGAGAGAGCUCAUAUCCUAAAUGCUCUUGAAAACUUCAAGGAAUUUGAUAAGAUCUUUCCAGCACUUGUGGCAGGCCUGCCGAUCCAUCUGUUCAAGAGUGCCCACAGUGCACGUGAGAAGCUGGUAGAGGCUCUGCUCCACAAGAACCUGCUGAAGAGGAACAACCUCUCCGAGCUUGUCACCCUCCGCAUGUUCCUGAACGACACUCUGUCAACUUUUGAUGACAAGGAAAAAGCGAAAACCCAUGUGGCAGUGCUGUGGGCCUCACAAGCCAACACCAUUCCUGCCACUUUUUGGAGCUUGUUCUAUCUCAUUAAGAGUCCAGAAGCAAUGAGAGCUGCUACUGAAGAAGUGCAAACUAUUUUGGAAAGUGCAGGAGAAAAGAUCGGCUUAGACAGCAAAAAUAUUUCCUUGAACCGAAAACAGUUGGAUAAUAUGCCCAUACUAGAUAGCAUCAUCAAGGAAGCAAUGAGGUUAUCAAGUGCCUCUAUGACUUUCCGAGUCGCUAAUGAGGAUUUCACAUUGCAUUUAGAGAAGGAGUUCUACAACAUUCGCAGAGAUGAUAUUGUAGCUCUUUAUCCUCAACUGUUGCACUUCGAUCCAGAAAUCUAUGCUGAUCCCUUGACGUUCAAGUAUGAUCGUUAUCUGGAUGAGAACGGAGAAGAAAAGACUGACUUCUACCGCAACGGUCGCAAGUUAAAGUAUUAUUAUAUGCCAUUUGGGUUAGGAAUAGCAAAGUGCCCUGGCAGGCUAUUUGCUGUCCAUGAAAUUAAACAAUUUUUGACUUUAAUACUUUCAUAUUUUGAGAUAGAGCUUGUAGACAGUAAUGUGCAAUGUCCAUCUUUAGACCAAUCCCGUGCAGGACUGGGUAUUUUACAACCAACCAAUGAUGUUGAUUUCAGGUACAGAUUGAAAUUUCUAUGAUAAUAUAUAUCAUAUAUGAUACAUAAGCUAUAUACCACAUACAGAUGCUAUAAAACAAAAACUUUAUAUAUAUAUUAUAUAUAUAGAUAGAUAGAUAGAUAAAAAUGUCACACAACUGGGUGAAAAUCUAUGAUAAUUUAUCGGUCUAACAGAGAAUGCAUAGAUUAUACCAUUAGGGUACUGCAAUGCAGUGGGGAUAAUGCACAACGCUGGUACAUGUUUCCCCUUUUACCAGAUGCAAGUUGAGAUCUUGAAUUUGUGCGUUUACAGUUGUUCUUUUCUUCUGCCAGAAAAUACUUUCCCAGAGCAAUAUAGUAAAAAUUUUGUCCCCUACUUCAAAAUAAUUUUCAAAAUUCAACUAGGUAAAAUUUGCCUUUUUUGUAACUGAAACAUUUUAGUGUUUUCCCCUUCCUAGGUAAAAUAGCGUAUUUAUUGUAAAAAGAAAAAUUGGAUGUGGGAAGAGGGGAGCUACCUGGGGAAGUGCCUUUAUGUUUUCAUGAAAAACUCAAAAAAGACUUGAAGAAAAUCUACAAAAGCUUUCACGUUCUAGUGAAAUGGGAAAACCUUGUAUUAUAUUCAUUGUAAUAUAUUUCUUUUCAAAAAGUUGUAAAUGUAUUAAAAUAAAUGAUAUUACCUG